AUGUUCACUUGUCAACUGGACUCCGACUACCUGGUUACCUGUGCCUGGGAAAAGACGACUGAUGUCCUAAAUGUUUUUAUGAAGGGACCGGAAGACGACCAGGAGGUAGGCGAGUUCAAGGUGUUUGCAAAUACAAAGCCUCACGACGAGGCUUCAGACGAAGUUGCAGAGCUCAAGAGAAAGAUCAAGGAGUUGACUGAUAACCUCACUGCUGAGAAAGUAAAGACUGCCAGCUUGACGGCACAGCUUGCUCAAGCCCAAACAACCUGCCAAGCUGAGAAGACGCAGAAAGACAACGAGAUCACGAGAUUGGAAGACAAGGUCUCUCAGCUGGAGAGGGACAAGACUACUCUUCAGACCAAGCUUGACCAAGCUCUUCAUGGCGAAGGCGACCAAGCCCAUAAAGAUGCAAAGAUCAGUGAACAAGCUGCUCGCAUUGCUGAACUCGAGAGGAAGCUUCAAAGCCGGCCUGAAAUCUUGUUCCGUACAUGGCUAAGGAGUAGGAUAACGCAUGGCUACAGCAAUGGUAAGGAGUACUUGCUUCAAUUGACCAAUGCAGGAAACCCUGAGGGCAAGCCCCCCGUUUCAAUCAGAGAACAGAACGCUCGGUAUAUAAGCCCAUUGUGGGAGAUUUACGCUGUUGAUGGCUCUAAUGAUGCUGUCAUCAUCAUGAGCGGGUCCAGCGGCUAUGUUAUUUGGUCUAAGGGUCAUGAAAAGAAGGCCCAAGCCUCCAAGCACGACCUCUCAGACCCUGCAGCACAUUGGGUUCUAGAGGGCAUGAAAAGAGAUAGCCCUAGCAUGAACAAAGUAAUCAAGAUUCGAAAUGUCAAGGAUGGUACAUAUCUCGAUGUGAGAAAUGCACAUGCGGCAGACGAAACUCCGGUUAUUACACAAAAUGGCAAUGGUGGAUCGAGCCAGAAGUUUGAGAUCUACUUAACUUGGCAGUAUUAA